AGUUACUACCCAGAUAAGCGACACAAUGCUCCGUCUUUGGGCAUUCCUUGCUCUUGUGGGCUUUGCCCAUUGUGCUACGCAGGGCAUGACUAUCAGAUCUAAAUGGAGUGGCGGCUUUGCUGGUACCUUUACCCUAGUUCCCACUUCUACCGUUCAUGGCUGGACUGCUCAUCUUGCCUGUGAUAGUGCCAUAGAUUCUCUAGAGAUCUGGACAGCGGAUAUUGUAUCAAAAAGUGCUGACAAAACCGAAUACGUCCUCAGAAACAAACCCUACGAUGCCGAUAUUAACGCCGGGAGUUCCCUGAAUGUUGACAUUGUGGGACGAACCCCUGGAAGAGACACACCACCAAACUGUCGAGUUUUCAUCGAGGGACAGGGAGGAGAUUCAGGAGGGGGAUCUCAGACCCCCGCCCCCACAAGCCCACCAGCGACACAGCCACCAUCAGGUGGUAGUGGAUCUCAUACGACACAUGGAAGCAGCCAUCCAGAAACCGUCACUUCUGGAGCUUCUUGUGGAAGCGCUAAGAGCACAAAGUACAACUACGGCCAAGCUUUGGGUCUGUCCAUUUUGUUCUAUGAUGCCCAAAGAUCGGGGAAAAUGCCAGCCAAUAAUCCUAUUCCAUGGAGACACGAUUCUGCCAUGAACGACCACGGAGACGGAGGGGUGGAUCUCACAGGAGGGUGGUAUGACGCUGGAGACCAUGUUAAGUUUAAUUUGCCCAUGGCUUCCUCAGCCCAUAUACUGGGUUACGGAUUAAGCAGAUGGAAGGAUGGUUAUGAGUCCGCAAAUCAGCUCCAAAACAUGUACGACAUGUUGAGAACUCCACUAGACUACUUCAUGAAGUGCUGGAGACCAAGCUCUCAGGAAUAUUAUGCUCAAGUCGGCAAUGGUGGUACUGAUCAUGCUUUCUGGGGUCGUCCAGAAGACAUGAGGAUGUCCAGACCUGCCUACAAGUGUACAGCCAGUAAUGGUGGAUGUAGUGACGUAGAAGGCAUUACUGCAGCUGCGCUAGCCGUCGGCUCCAUAGCCUUCAAGUCAAAGGAUCCCUCAUACUCCCAGAGAUUGUUGUCUUCUGCCAAGAGCUUGUACCAAUUUGCCAGCACCCACAAAGGUAUCUACAACAAGGGACCUAUCUCAGAUGCCUCGUCAUAUUACGGAUCUACUGGAUACAAAGAUGAGCUGUGCGUGGCCGCCAUGGAACUGUACAAGGCCACCAAAGAACCUAAGUAUUUAGCAGACGCCAAAGCCAACUUCGAGGGUACCGAGACUGCCUGGGCCCUGUCAUGGGACGAUGAGCACGUGUUUUGCCAGCUUCUGUUGUAUGAAGAGACAAAGGAAGCCAAAUACAAGUCCUUAGUGGAUUCCUUUGUGAAAUCCUACAUGCCUGGUGGUUCUGUGGCCCAGACACCGUGUGGUCUGGCAUGGAGGGACCAGUGGGGAUCUCUUAGAUACGCAGGAAACGCAGCUUUUGUUGCUUUGGCUGCGGCUGAAGACGGCAUUGGAGGUGACCAGUUUAAGUCGUGGGCUCUAAGCCAGAUUAAUUAUAUACUGGGUGAUAAUAACCAUCAUAUAAGCUAUGAGAUCGGAUACGGAAGUAACUAUCCGAGACAGCCUCACCACCGAGGAAGUUCCUGUCCCAACCCUCCAGCUGGGUGUAGCUGGAAUGACUUUAACAACCCUGGACCCAGUCCUCAACUACUGAAAGGAGCUUUGGUGGGAGGACCCGGAAGAGGUGACGAGUACGCAGACUCCAGGAAAGAUUAUACAAAGAACGAGGUCACAUGUGAUUACAACGCCGGCUUCCAGUCCGCUUUGGCUGCGCUGACCAGUAUGGCCAAGCGAGGUUGCCUGCCCGACUCUCCCCCAGCUAAGUAUGGUACGCCACAACCCCUCCACCUAAGGAACGAGUGGAAUACAGGCAUAGAUGGUUACUUCAUAGUUAAACCGUCACUCCUCGGUAAAGGAUGGGAGGCUACUAUCUCCUGUGACAGGGAUAUAGGUCAGCUAGAGAUUUGGUCAGCCUCGGUGGUGACUGCGACUUCUGGUAAUUCUGUAUUUACGGUCAGAAAUGAAGAACUAUUUCCCGAUGGUAGCACAAAGCCACCACAGGAAGUAGAGGUCGUGAUUCGGAUGCCCUCGGAAAACAACAAUCCGCACUGUACCGUUGACACUGCUCCUGCGUUAGAUAUUCGCACAACAGCAGUGCCAGGAUACACCUUCUCCAGUUCUGAAACAAUGGCAGGAUUCAACUAUUCAGAAGCACUCUCCUUGUCGAUUUUAUUUUUCGACACUCAAAGAUCAGGAAUACUUCCGGCGAAUAACCCAAUUUCAUGGAGAAAUGACUCCGCCGUAGAUGAUCAUGGUGAUAAAGGAGAGGAUCUAUCUGGCGGGUGGUAUGACGCGGGUGAUCAUGUGAAAUUUAACCUUCCCAUGGCAUCGUCUGCUCAUUUCUUAUCCUGGGGUCUGGAGAGGUGGAAGGAUGCAUAUCGAUCCACAGGUCAUCUCGAAAUGAUGUAUGACAUGUUAAAAUGGCCGCUGGACUACUUCCUGAAAUGCUGGAAUCCUAAUACGCAGGAAUAUUAUGCACAGAUUGGAAAUGGAAAAGAGGAUCAUCGAUAUUGGGGUCGGCCUGAGGAUAUGUCUAAAUUUAGACCGAUGUGGAGACCUGCCUAUAAAUGUACGAUUAACGACACGUGCAGCGAUGUUGCUGGGGAAACUGCCGCAGCCAUGGCGUCUGGAGCUAUCGUGUUUAAAGACAGAAACGUCACAUACUCUCACAAACUGUUAUCGGCAGCAAAGAGUCUGUAUGAAUUCGCCAAAAGAAAACAAGGGAUGUACGGCACCACAGCUGUCCAGGAUGCCAAUAAAUAUUACGGGUCCCAUUCUUAUCGCGACGAGCUCUGUACGGCCGCCAUGGAACUCUUCAAAGCUACCCAGAAUUCUUCUUACCUUACAGACGCUAUGUCCUUUUUUGAUUCUGGAAUGAGGAGCUGGGCCUUCUCCUGGGACGACAAAAAUGUCCAGUGUGCUCUGAUGUUGUACAAGGCUGUAGGGGAUAGACGAUUCAGUACUCAUGUCACAGACUUCCUCAGGAGUUUUAUGCCUGGAGGUGGUGUAAGACAGACUCCUUGUGGUCUAGCCUGGAGAACCGGGGACGGACCCCUCAGAUACACGGCUAACGCGGCCUUGGUUGCCUUGAUGGCGGCUGAUGAAGGGAUUGGAGGAGAUGACUAUAAGAUCUGGGCGAUGAAACAAAUCAACUACAUGUUGGGUGAUAACAAACAAAACAUGAGCUAUCAGAUUGGCUAUGGAGAAAAUUAUCCACAGAAACCAUACCAUAGAGCUAGUUCAUGUCCCGAUCCUCCAUCAUCUCCUUGCGGCUGGGACAAUAUUAACAACCCCGGACCCAGUCCACACAUUUUGAAGGGGGCGCUGGUCGGUGGCCCGGAUGAAAAUGACGUAUACACAGACAACGAUGUGGCUUGUGACUUCAACGCGGGAUUUCAAUCAGCCUUAGCUGGUUUAAUUCAUUUACAAAAUAAAGGGCUUAUGCCAUCUCUGAGUGACCCAAUGUUAAUGCAAAAAAUAAAGAAUUGUGUAAGUUAA